AUGACUAUCAGAAUGAUAUUAUUUUUAUCGCUCAGUCGUUUAUUAUCAUCGGAUCAAGUUUUAAGAAAAAAUAUUGGCCAAGAUGUUACAUUUUCUUGCUUUUUCGAAAACGAAUCACAAUUUGACCAAGUUUCAUUUAUGCAUCAAACAACUGGCGAUCUGUUAUCAUUGGGCUCAGAAUUAUUUAUUGAUAAGCCUUUGACUAAUAAUCAUAUAAAAUUAAUUCGAUUUUCAUCAAAUCGUUUGGAUUUAAAAAUCUUUUCAGUUAAUCAAAAUGACUCAGGCCUUUAUACAUGUAUGCAUAACGAUGAAAAAUUGUCAUCAUUUUUACUUGAAAUAUUUGUACCACCUCGAUUUAUUUCAUUUUCUCCCAUGGGAGCCACUGUUUCAUAUCCCGAAGGUUCAUCUAUGAAUUUAUCUUGUCAUGCUCAUGCUUUUCCUUCAACAAACAUAACUUGGAUUUAUCGAAAUAAAAAUAAACAGUCCAGAACAAUUCAUUAUGGAGAAGAUCUUUAUAUAUCAUCACUGGGCUUCACUGAUAGUGGUUCAUACGAAUGUAUUGCUUCAAAUGGAUAUCAUGAAAAAAUUAGUCGUUCAUUCUAUGUCACUGUUCAAUAUCCACCACGUGUGAUGAUCAAGAAAUUCAUUAAUUUUUUUAUAAAACCUGUUCAAUUAAAUUGUGAAAUCUGUUCAAUGCCGUUGCCUCAAACAGAAUGGCUUCGCAAUGGGAAAAGUAUUUUGAAUGAACAACAAUUUAUUAUUAAUACAAAUCAAGUAUCAAUCGAGAAUGAAGAAUGUCUGUUGACCGUCCUCACCAUUCGUGAAUCAUUACAUGAAAACUACGGCAGAUAUGAAUGUCGAGCUGAAAAUUUUCUUGGCCAUCAUUCUGAUCACAUUGAUUUUAAUCAAAAAUUCACUCAACAUACGAGAUCACAACAUGACAAUGCCGCUUCUUCAGUAGUGCGAAACAAUACAAAAAUAUCACCAAGUAAAUAUUUAUUUCUCAAUUAG